AAUGGGUAAUAAACAUAGCACUGAAUAUGGUGGAAUUUUCGUUUAAACUUCAAAGGCCUAUUAUUUCCCAGGAGAAAUCAUUCAAGGUAUAUUCAUUAACAAUUCUAAAUUAGGAACCAUUAGUUUAAAUAUUACAAAACCUGGUUAUCCUGGAAGAAGACUUUACAUAAGUCUUACUGGGAAAGAAAUAUUACAUGGCGCCUUUGAUAUAAAUGAAAAUAGUGAUGAUGAAGGCAUACUAUCAACGAAUACAACUUAGAAAAUACUAAAGAGUGAAAUGGUGCUUUAUGAAUUCUAAUAACCAACUAUUCCAAUGGGUUAAUUCACAACUUCAUUUACCUUCUAACUGCCUUCCAAUAUUCCUGGGACCUAUAAUAAAAUACAUUUAAGUGGUGCAUUUGAGAGAAUCAUAUAUAAAGUAAAAGGGUAUGUUGUGGCAACUAAGGGAUAUAAAACAAUGAGCCAUAUUUAAUAGAUUUAGAUUAGAGAACCUAUUUAUUAUCCUGAAUAAUAGAUAAUUGGAGAUGGGAAAGUUGGUGACAAUGGAUAUUGGUGUAGAUAAAAAGGAGUAAUAAUUUUGUUAUUAUGAUUAGAGUGCUUAAAUUACUGCUGUAACAGAUAGGAAUGUUUAUAGGAUUGGAGAAGCCAUAAGAAUAUUAAUAGAGGUUAUCGAUGAUGAGAGAUUUUAAAAACCAGAAAAAAUAAUUAUACAACUGGAAAACAUUACAUAAUAUAAAUAUAAAAAUAACAUAGAAACAAAGACAAAAAUCAUUACUGAAGAACAAAUCUAAACAACAACAAAGAAAUUAGGAUCCUAUAAAGUAUUAAAUUAGCAAGAAGUGGUACUGUUUGCACAAUUAAAAAAUCAUAAUAAUAAUGAUUAAUAUAAUAUGAUUUAACCAACAACAAAUGGAGAUAUAAUCAAAACAAAUUAUCAAAUUGUGAUAAGAGCUAGUUUUGGAAGUAAAAUUUUAAUUAUAUAUUUAAUUUCAGUAAGCUGUUGCAAUCAAAGUGAAUGUCUUGAAUUGCCUAUAUAAAUAUUAUCAUCCACUGUUUUACAAUAGUAGUCAAUUUAACCUCCAUUAGGAUGGAAUCCAAUUCAGCUGAAUGAUGAGAAUCUUCAACUCUUAGCUGCUGCAAAGUAAAGUGGAACUAGUUUACAGUCAUACUCUACAUAUUAAAAAACAUUGUAAGGUAGAAACAGCUAUCAUGAAUAAUAAGAAUCUUUAAGAUCAAUUAGAGUUGGAAAUUCAGUUAGAUCAAUCUAAUCUUUAAAUUAUUAAAUGAACUGA